ACAAUAAUAAGUUUGAUGAUACCUAAUUCGUCAAUAUACUUAUAUUAUACUGUCUUCAGCUUGGGUGGAAAAGAAAACAAUCCGGAAGUUUACAUGUGGCACUAUAGCUAUAUGUCUGUUUAUGCUACAACCAGUUGAACAACCCGAAACCUGUUGUUGUUCAAAAUUCGUGUUGUAAGAGGUAAAAACAAUCGGAGACGUAACUUACACCAUGAAUAACUAAGUUGGAUACGUGAAUAAUUAAUUAAUCAAAUGCACAAAAUGUAUUUUCCAUCAUUUACUGUAAUACUCUCUGGAGUAUUUAUUGCCUAUAUUUCUUAUUCAAUUUACGUUGUGUCUCUACUCUUUACACCUCCACCAUGUACGGAUGAAAAAUUGUGUAUAAAAUCCUAUUUAAGUGACCGUCCAAAAUUACAGUUGAAUUUAUUUACGUCUACUAUGAAACGUCCUCUGCGAACAGAGGUUACAAACAUUUAUAAGAAUAAACAAUUUGAUUAUCUGCAUGAAAGUGACAUUCCAUUAACAAUAGACAUACCUUAUAAAACAAGACAGAAUGGCUCACUAUUUUUACACAUAAUUUUAUCCCCUCAAUUUUUCAAUCCAGAUGGAGUUUUCAGUAAAUUUGUGGAUGAUAUCCAAACAGUGCAUACUAUUGUAAGAUUCAAUGAAUUUGUAGUGCCACAAGCUGAAACUUUCAAUUUAUUGGGUGAUGAUGAAAAUUAUGGGGGUAAAAAACAAAAAAAAAAGAGUACAAUGCACCAACCUGUUUCACAUAUUAAAAGCAGGCUAACAUUCACAAUAAUGACUGAUGAUAUUAAACUUCCAAUAAAUGAUUUUCCUAUAGAAUUAUCAAAUACCGCUAAGAUUACUCAGGACAGAAAGUUUCUACCCUUGGUCCAUUACAACUUUUUGUAUACAAGAUUUAAAGAUUUAGUGAAGAUUACGCAAAAAAUGCAUAGUACAAAUGUAACUGUACAAUACACUCCAAUUUCCAUUGGAAAAUUAAGACUGAUUUUACAUCUUCAAGCUGCAAUGCAGAAUUUUAAGCAGUUGGGCUUUACCGAUAAAGAUAUUGAUGAAAUAAAAGGCAUUUUUGCAGACACUAACUUGUACCUUUUGGCUGGAACAGUAUUCAUAUCUGCAAUGCAUUUACUUUUCGAUUUCUUAGCUUUUAAAAAUGACAUAAGUUUUUGGAGGAGUAAAAGUAAUCUAGCAGGUCUAAGUACACAGACAGUACUGUGGCGUGCUUUCAGCCAAGCUGUGAUAUUUCUUUACUUGUUUGAUGAAGGAUCUUCAUUACUUGUAUUGAUCCCUGCUGGAGUCGGGACUAUAAUUGAGCUUUGGAAGACUAAAAAAAUUCUAAGAGCAGAGCUGGUUUGGACUGGAGGUUUUCUUCCUAGGAUACAGUUUAACUGGAGCAAGUGCACAUCUGCAGAGACAAAAACAAGAGAGUUUGAUGCAGAAAGUAUGCGCUAUCUUAGUUAUUUGUUGUAUCCCUUAGUUAUAUUAGGUGCAAUAUAUUCUCUUUUAUAUUUACCUCAUAAAAGUUGGUAUUCAUGGUGCAUACAUUCCUUGGUCAAUGGCGUUUAUGCCUUUGGAUUCUUAUUCAUGCUUCCUCAGUUGUUUGUAAAUUACAAAUUAAAGUCUGUUGCUCAUCUCCCAUGGAGAUCGUUCAUGUACAAAGCAUUCAACACCUUUAUAGAUGAUGUAUUUGCCUUUAUCAUCACAAUGCCAGUAGCUCAUAGAGUGGCAUGCUUUAGAGAUGAUGCAGUUUUCCUUGUUUAUCUUUAUCAACGUUGGUUGUAUCCAGUUGACAAAAGCCGCAUUGAUUCUGCCACUAUAGAUGAGGAUCCCACUGUAGUGGAUACUAAUUUACAAAAGAAAAAGAGAUAAUUUUUAUUACAUCUGUCAAUGAAAAUUUUUAUAAAGUUUUCCAAAAUAUGUGUGACAAAUAAGCAUUUAAAAUUUCAAGAUAAUGUUUACCAGUGAGUGAUACAAUGACACGAUAUGGUUUUAUACGUCUUUAUUGCAGUAAUGAAAAGUAUUGAUCAAAACCUGUUAUAAAAUAUAUUAAUUUAUAAGAGUGGCGUUUGUUUUUGUAAGGAUAUUGAAGAUGAAAUUUUCAUAUUGCUUAUACAUCAUGAUGAAGAAAAUAAAAAAUAAAAAUAAUAAAUAGGUGGAUCAAAGGAUUUUGUCAUGUCAGGAUUCCACAUUAAAACUCAAAUCUGACAAAUAACAAAUUUAAUUGAAAUUUAGUUUUUGUAUAUUUACAAUACAGCCUGAUUAUCAAAUAUGUUAAUUAUAGUA